AUGUGUUACUUCCCGUCAUUGCUUCUGAUUCCGUCAAGUGAAGCUGUCGAGAAUUCUCAUAGGAACAGAAGAGCGUUGGCAUUUUUGAACUCAACCAGGUUCUUUCUCAAGUUUAAUUUCAAAGAAAAUAUGAUUCCUUGGAACCAGUUGUUCGCGCAAGCUAUUGGGUUUCGCAUGAAUUGGGAUGUGCCAUCGAUGACAUUUCGUCCAUUUCCCCUAAGAUUGCACAGAAGAAAUAUCUAUAACUAUGCUGAAACAUUAUUGAACAAAAAUGGCCUUAGCGGUUUCCACUGCAUCCGUCGUACCAUAUGCGAAAUGCAGGAAAUUGAGCAACCCAUUCGAAUAUACCACAAAAUUUUGCAAAUGAUUUUUAGGAAACAAUCAUCAGGUACGGAACGAUGGCACAAUGUAACUACAAAUGAAUGCGUCGAGGCCGUCUCGUCUUGUCCCUUUUCAUUGUUAGAUAUUUCACCUUACACAGAUAUUUCAUGA